UCGCGAUGCGCAGCUUGACAAUCUGAUCGACGUUCUCUCAUCCAUCUCUGCUCGUCAACUACGUAACUUAUUCGUUCGCUACCUUCUGGAAAGGAUUUUCAUUCGCUUCUCACCUGGUCUUUAUAUCGCCGCUGGUUCGUCACGAAUUAGUUGUUUAAUAUUUAAAACUCUCCUUUACUUUAUACUAUAAUUCGUGUAUAUCUUGAAAUUCAUCCAGUGUUCUCGGGACGGUCGAUACUUUCAAAAUGCGUUCAUCUAUUCCCGUCAUCGCCCUCGUCGGCGCUGCUUCCGCCAUGCCCAAAAUCCCCUUCGUCACAAGCAAGGAUAUCAUCCCGGCACCAGGAGCCAUCGCCGCCCGCCAAAACGCGUGCUUCGUGAUCGGCUCGACGGCUCUGCCGGAAGAAGUCGCCGACGUCGCGGCCUCGCUGGCAUCUACAAUCUCCUGCUCCAGCUUCGCCACGACGAUCGCGGGCGUUCCCGACGUCACGUCGGGCACAGUGACAUAUUCCUCUGUGGACUUCUCCCGGUCCUCGGAGUCGCCCCUGCAAUUCGCGCUGCGCAACUUCGCGACCGACGACUUCGUCGGCAGUUCCAACCUGCAGUUCUUCCAGGACGCGCUGAACGUGUAUCUCGCGACCGAGGUGGGCAUCCGCAGCGUGGGCGGCAACCUGGCGAUCAAGGUGCCCAAGUUCUUCCUCGAGAUGCAGGUCAGCCGCAUCCAGACGGCGCAGGGAAACCCGCCUACGGCGCCCGGGCUCCAGGUCGACCAUCUCCGCGACAAGGUGUUGAAGAAUGCGGGACGCGAGGACCAGGCGCUUCUGGAUCAGGUGACGUUCCUGGCUACGAAGUUGCAGUGAGCCUGCGACGAGAGAUUGUGGACAAGGGUGCUAUGAAGAGGCUAAGAUCGAUGGCUUUAUUCUCGGAGCUGAUAUCAUCUCGAGAAAUUACAUUGUCUAGGCAAAAAGCCGUGUAUCUGUAUACUCUACCUAUAUAGAAGUGGUGUAGAUGCUGUCCCAAUACCCCAUCUAAAAAUGCCCUAACUCCGCUAUAAUGCUGCUCCGCUUCUAUAUGGAAGACGACAAUAAAGGUGUUCUUUAUCGUGUAAUGUACAUGGUAUUAUACAUUUGGUGACAAUAAAUCAUAUUUGACGCAUCGUUCAACCUAAGACAUGUGUAUCAGUAUGAGCUGUGCCAGGUGAAUAGAGAAGGGUGUCUUACAUCUUCAAUGCUGGCUUGCAU